GUGAAAGACCGCAUCGGUGUGAUAUCUGUGACAAACACUCAUCUACGACUACACAAUGGUCAAAAGCCGUACGCAUGUGAUGUAUGUAGUGCGAAGUUUACACAGUACGUACAUCUUCGCCUACACAAACGUCUACAUGCGAACGAACGACCAUAUGCUUGUAUGUCGUGUGGAAAGAAGUACAUAAGUCGUUUCAAGAGCAACAAUGCGAACUUGGUAACCUUGAGUUUUACUCGCAAACAACAAUGCGCUACGAUCAAUCUUCGUCUGAGUUCGGAGUCGCUUACUCUUUCGUCAAUGCCGAUUACGGAAGUGAAAUACCAAGAAAAAGUUCUGGGUCAUCACAAUGAAGUGACUUUUGACCUCACGCCCUUUGCUCUUGCGGGUUACAUGGCCUUGGAAAGGUAAGA